AAGGUCGAGACAUUUCGGCAAAGCCAAGCUCAAACAAUGGCGUUGUCCUUCUCCUCCUCCUCCCUCCUGAUUUCAGAACCCGCCUGCCCUUCUACUUUCUCGACGCCGAUCGCCGCGCGCAGAGCUUGUGGAAGACGAGGUCGAGGUUUGAUCAGGGCCGUGUCCUCUUCCGGUGACAAGGACGAGGAGCGAUCUACUAAAUUGGUCACCUUUUUGGGCAAGGGUGGGUCCGGAAAGACUACCUCGGCUGUCUUCGCUGCUCAGCAUUUUGCGAUGGCGGGGCUUAAGACAUGCUUGGUGAUACAUUCACCAGACACUACUGCUGAGUAUCUUUUGAAUUGUAAGAUUGGAACUUCUCCUAUUAGAUGCAAGGACAACCUCUCGGCUGUUCGAUUGGAGACUACGAAAAUGCUUCUUGAACCUCUCAAGCAGCUUCAGGAAGCGGAUUCCCGCCUUAAUAUGACAAAUGGAGUUCUUAAAGGGGUGGUGGGAGAAGAGCUUGGGGUGCUUCCGGGGAUGGACUCCACUUUUUCAGCAUUAGAACUCGAAAGAUAUGUCAGGUUCUUGUGGAAUGAAUCUCAAGGAAAACAAAGAGAAAUAUUUGACAUGAUAGUAUAUGAUGGUAUCAGCACAGAGGAAACCCUAAGGAUGAUUGGCGCACCCAGUAAAGCGAGAUUGUACUUAAAAUACUUUCGAAGCAUAGCUGAGAAGACUGAUCUGGGAAGAUUGGUGGGUCCUUCAGUCUUAAGCCUAAUAGAUGAAGCCAUGAGUUUAACUGGGAUCAAAUCCACUCUUAACGGUAGCACAAGUGCAAGAAUAUGGGACGCACUGGAUAAAAUGUUAGAGAGAGGAACUUCUGCCUUCUCUGACCCGCAUAAAUUUAGAUGCUUUCUUGUGGUGGACCCCCAAAAUCCAGCAUCUGUGGACUCUGCAUUGCGUUAUUGGGGUAGCACAAUCCAAGCCGGUGCUCUUGUAUCUGGUGCUUUUGGUAUUGCUCAUCCAAAUGAAGCUGGAGAAUUGACGAAAAGAAUUAAAGAGACCUUUGCACCAAUGCAAUCUACUUUCAUUCCGCACCUUUCAUUUACUUCCCCAGCAGAUUGGGAUGCAAUAAUGUCGAACUCUUCAAGUAAUAAAGCACGAGAGCUUCUUUCAUUGCCGGCAAGCAGCAUUUCGAUGCCAUCAGUCAAGUUUGAUCCAACGAAGAAGUCAGUGACUCUACUCUUGCCUGGGUACGAUAAAUCUGAGAUCAAGCUUUACCAAUAUAGGGGAGGAUCCGAGUUGCUGGUGGAGGCCGGGGAUCAAAGACGCGUCAUUCAUCUGCCGCCAAAUAUUCAAGGGAAGGUAGGAGGUGCCAAAUUUGUGGAUCGAAGCCUCGUCAUCACUAUGCGAUAGGGAUGCAACUUACUUUUCUCUCUCUUUUGGGGUCUUCUUGAGUAGCUUAAAACUGACCAUUCUUUUAUCAGACUUUAACAGCACUAGUGGCAAUCAAUCUUGGAAAAUUCGUUUGAUUAUUGAAAUUUUUGACAGCA